GGGUGAUUUUCCCGUACCACCCACGCCUGGGCCGCUACAGCUUGAACUUCCACGAGGCGCAAAAAGCCUGUCUGGAGCAGGAUGGGAUCCUGGCUUCCUAUGACCAACUGCACGAGGCUUGGCUGGAAGGGAUGGACUGGUGCAACGCCGGGUGGUUGGAUGACGGAUCGGUGCAGUACCCCAUUUCCAGGCCCCGAGAGGAAUGCGGACAGAAGGAGACCCCUGUCGGGGUGAGGAACUAUGGAUACCGGCACAAAGACGAGGAACAUUACGAUGCCUUCUGCUUUACGUCCAACCUGAAUG